AUGAGAUCGCAGUUCAAAGACGAGAACUCGUUUGAAAAGAGAAAGUCGGAAUCCACUAGAAUCCUCCAACGGUUCAAGGAUAGACUCCCAGUGAUUUGUGAGAAGGUAGAGAACUCAGACAUCCAGGAAAUCGACAAGAGAAAGUACCUUGUGCCUGGGGACUUGACCGUGGGUCAGUUUGUUUACGUGAUUAGAAAGAGAAUUAAGUUGCCCUCGGAGAAGGCCAUUUUUAUCUUUGUCAAUGACAUCUUGCCACCGACUGCUGCGUUGAUGAGCACGGUGUACGAGGAGCACAAGGACGAGGAUGGCUUCUUGUACGUGUUAUACUCGGGCGAAAACACCUUUGGAUCCAUUGAAGGUGUGGAGGAGGUUACCGAGGAGCUGCUUUAA